UCUUUCACCAGUUUGGCUUCUCGCGUAUCGCCCUAGCCCCAUCUGCUUUUCUUCUCCCUCGGUUUGGUUUGGUUCCUGAAUCUUCAGCUUGCUAGCACAGGGUUCUUGGCUUGGCUCGUCUGUAGCGGCAUUCUCUACCAGCACCAUAAGCUUAGAUCUCUGUGUAUCUUGAUCCACUUGUGCUGACAGCCACCCCUGGCUAUUUCGCUUUAGUGGCACUAUCGGGCCCUCUGAUAGCUCCUCGCUCAUACCUCUCUUUCGCGAGCAACGCGUUCUUAUUAGUGGGCUUGUUUUUUUAUUUUUGGUCUUCAUCCGCGUUUCCAGAUUUUCCAGCUCGUUAUCGAGAAUGAUUCUUCGCAUCGUGAAUCCCCAUGCCGCCGGGCGUCCCAUUGCCCAGAUUUCUCGCACAGCAUCGUCGCCAGCGUCGUCAGCGUCAUCGUCGCCCCUGCCAGAACGAGGCGCCGGAUUCGCGAUAAGCGCAUCGUCAGUUACCAGCAAAUCUGUGUCGCUCGCGAGGCCCUUCCACCACCAUGCUCCCGUGGUAACAUUUCGCACAUUCCGUAAGCCUUCCGCCGUGCGUGCGAUAGCGUACUCGAGUUGUAGCCGGAGCACGGCGUUGUCCCAGCAGCACUGGGGGGGGUUGACGAGGCGUGCUCUAAACCGAGUCCGAGACCGAGACCUCUCCGGUCUUUCGCCCGCGUCAAUUUCUUCGAGGCCGCAAGGGAGAGUGGCGGGUUCGACGUCGAUCCGCGCGGAAUCGGAAUCAUCUGAGCCGUCGCCUGCAGCGGCGGCGCCGGCAGCGGGGACGGUGUCAGUGGCAUUCCGUCUGACCCGGCAGUGCGCGUACGGGCAGAAGUUCUUCGUGUCGGGCGCGCACGAGGCGCUGGGGGGGUGGGACCUGGAGAAGGCGAUACCUGCGGAGUGGUCGGAAGGGCACGUCUGGACGGCCAAGGCGAUGGUGCCCCGCAACGCAUCCCUGCCGUUCAAGUGUGUGAUGGUGGGGAAGCGCGGCGAGGUGGAGUGGCAGCAGGGCGGCAACCACUGCCUGGACACCACGGCCGUGGGGGCGGUGAUAGAUGUCGAUGUGCCAUGGAGCACAGCCGACGCCCUUGUCAUCUCCAACCGGGAUGAUCUUGACUCCCCCUCUGCUGCUUCUGCUGCUGCGGCUGCUGCUGCUGCUCCACCUGCGCGCAAACCUGCUGGGAAUGACGCUGCUGCUGUUGCGUCUGAUGCUGCUGCUCCUGCCACGCCUGCUGCUGCUGCUCCUGCUGUUGUUCCUGCCGUUGCCACUGCUGUUGUUCCUUCUGCCGCAUCUGCUCCUAAGCCGCUAGUGGCUGUGCCGCCUCGUCGCCCUGCUCCCCUAGUAGCAGCGCCGCCAGCACGCCCUGUCGCCAUCACUGCUGCGGCUGCUCCUCAGCAAGUUUUCGUGGGAUCACCAACAGCAGCAGCAGCACCAGCAGCACCAGCAGCGCCAGAAGCACCAGCACCAGCACCAGCAGCAGAGAAGGCGCAGGUGUCGACAAGCAGCAGCAGUUUGGGGGUGAAGGAAGCAACGCCCGCAGCAGCAGCAGCACUGCCAAAGCAACGUAAGCCAGCCAAGCCCCGGACAAGAAGACCACGGCAGCCACAGCAGCAGACAGGCCCGGCAGGGGAGCAGUAGUGUGAGAGGUUCUUGACUAGAUUACAGGGUGGCUGGAAUACAUAUGGUGGCUGCUAUACUGUGUUGUGCACUGUUGAAUGGCUAUGGAUUGGGGGAAGAGGGGGGGGAAGGGAGAGUGUUCGCCCGCUGGGGCGGCUGGAAGGAGGGGUGUGUGUGCUGGAUGAUAGGGGAUCAGGAAGUGAUGGCCAUUAUAGCUCACAAAAGGAAUGGAGCUGCAUGGCAUGAUGAUGGUCUGAUGGAGAUGGCAUGCUGGGAUGACGCCACAUGAUGUCAUGUCAUGUGACUCGAGUCAUGACUCGUGGAAGGGGCAGCAUGGUGUGUCGGUGAUUAGUGGCGGAUACCGUUGCUGUAAUAGUAGGUAGGAGCAUCAUGAACUUGUGGUAGUAGAGUCAUGGUGCAAGCAUGCUUGUCUCUCUCUACUUACUGCACUGGAAGUCUGGAAGUCUGAAGGCUCAGCAGCAUCAUCAAGUCUGCCAUAGCAUGCAAUGUGUGCAUGUGUUACUACUACCAUACCUGUAUGCCAAUAUCAUACCGUAGUC